AUGUUAAUAUUAUUAAUACAACUAACAGUAGUGUUGACCAGUAUUUUCAUUGACAAUGUCGGCACCGAUGGACACCUGCGUAUCCGUCAAUAUCCAGGAGUGACAACCAAUGAGUGUGGUUUGGGUCGGGAAUCGUUACGUAUGACUCGACCAAAUUGUUUUCAUUACGGCAAAGCUGGAGAUUCAAUACAUAUGGGCAGGGAAUCGGAACCGGGUGAAGUACCAUGGAUGGUAUAUAUCAAAUAUUCGGCUAUAUAUGGAAUAGGUACACAAAGCUAUGAGGACCAUUCUCGUCGCGACGUCCAAUGGUUUUACAUUUAUGUUGGUCUCCAAAAUCUGAAACAAAUGGAUGAUUAUUACAGAGUAGACCAUUACUAUACACAUCCAAAAUAUAAUUUCAAGAAAAACAUCAACGAUAUUGCAUUAAUGAAAUUAUCAACAGAAGUACAGUUACCCACUGGCACCGACACCACUGAUCCAGAUCAUGUUUAUCGAUCAUUUAAUGCUAUCUGUAUGCCGGACGCGGGUUUGUUUAAUUUUAAAAACGAGUUGGCAUUGAUAGCCGGUUUUGGACCGUUAAAAGAGGGCGAGAAAAACAAUGGACAGUUGCAUAUGGGUUGGUUGGAUAUUGAAAAAGUGUAUAAUCAUAGUGGAAAACCAGAAAACAGUUCGCGUAUCUAUUCGUAUAGAAAUGCCGGCGCUCUUUCACCAUUACUCUGUAAGGGAGAUUCUGGUGGUCCAUGGUUUCAGUAUAUCAAUGGUAGGGCAGUGCUGGUUGCCGUAACGUCUACCAUUACGUUGUAUGGAAACUCUAUGUGUAGUGAUGACAACCGAUUAGCCAAAAUGUCAGGUGCAAGGAUAUCCUAUGUGAUGGACUGGAUCGAGUAUAUUGUAACACAUUAUUAA